AUGUCUGUCUCUGACUACACAGACACGACCCAGCGCACUGACCUUACUGUGGUUGACCUCCCCGAAGACUCCGACGCUACCAAAGCCCCUGUGUAUAUGUACAUCCUGAACAACCGCGGCAUAGUCCUCCCUGGGUAUAAGAGUCAGAUAGACGGCGGCGAGAAUGGUGUGUUGGUCAUAGCCGACCAGAAGGGUGUCGGCCUCAAGUGCCAACGGGCGAAGCCGGAUUACGAACGACUGCGAUAUCAUUGGCAGCCAGCUCCUUUGCCGACUUUAAACUUCGAUUCAACCGGGCUGCAAGAGCUUGGAGUCACGGAAUCGACACGGUCAUGA